GUUCUAUUUUAACGGCGGCGGGGAGAGGGCGCCAGUAGAGCACGGAACUGUCCUCUGACCAGUGUCAAGUUGAGGAAGGCAGGAUGACGGACGCACUGGGACUCGCCGAGAAGGUGAACAAGUUCAACCAACAGGCCAUGAAGCACUUGGAGACUCAGACUCUGAACCCCUUCAGCGACCGGUUCAGCCGCUCGCCCUCGCCGAGACCCAAGUUCAGCAAAGACGAAUACGGCAAACCUGUGGCCGGGUCGCUGACAGACCAGCGGGGACAGAAGGCUCUCUGCCACAUCAGCCGUGAGAUCCUCGAGCUCUGUGAAGUGAUCCACGACAUGGGACGACGUCGGCGGGACAAAGACGGCGACAGCUAUAUCGUCAUCACCUUUGGAGAGCUGUUCUCUAUUUACACAAAGAUCAACGACAAGGUAGUAGGACUCCUGAUCGCCGCAAAGAAGAAAGGAUUUGUUUACUUUGAGCCUGAAAUACUCUUUCAGAGAAGAGACGAUGACGUUCUCAUCGCUCUGUUGAAGCCUGUCAGUGAAAUCAGAAACAUAAUCAACAGACAGUUGUCAGCGUCUCGCUCUCCAACCCCCGCGCCACCAUCGACCGCCCCUUCCAGCGACAAGGGAGAGCAGACACUGUCGUAAUCUGCUGCCACCGUCUGCCUACAAUGUGUACACAUACGUUAAGAGACUAGAUCCAACUAAAUGUUAUAGUCUCUUUUUAAAACACAUAUUUUCAAUAAUGGUAAUAAUAAUAGUAUACAUCACCUUCUUAGCUAAAUUCAAACAUAUUUAUAAAUGUGAGACAUUUUGCAGAGAUUUAAAUAAUUAAAUGCAAAUUGAUUGUUCAGUACCAGAUGAGACAACUUCUGAUAAGACAAACAUUAAAAUUGUAUUAAUGUUUGCAAAAUUCUUAGUAAAAAUGAUCAGUCUAAAACUCUUUAAAGCGUCUUCCAUUACAAUGUCACCCUUAAACACUCUUGCGUUAGGUGAAAGUUUAGCAGUUUGAGUUUUAGGAGUUCGAGAACACCACCUUGAUUUAUAAUAACCAUUCAUAAUCAUUAUGUAAUCCCUAUACUAGUAACCUUUAUGCAUGAAGCCGCAAUUUUAUUGUGCGCCUAUAUUUAUACAACGUUGUAAAAAUUAGUCAUGUAAUCCAUUCCUUAAAGAAUUUAUUACAACUAACCCCAGUCUGCUUAAAAUUUAUAUUGCUAUGAAUGAGUAAAUUUAUUUAUCGGCUUCCUUAGUUUCCAUACCUUUCUCCUAGAUUAGAUCAUACAUUUUAAAGUGUACUCUUUAACGUUAUCUAUUAUACAUACUCGUAUGUAAAAGUAUAUUAAUGUGAUAGAUUAGGAUAAUAAUGUUGCUAAAUUUUGAUGAUUACUUUUUUACGAUGCUUUCUAUGUAGUCAUACGUUAAGGAGGUAGCAAUAUUGUUGUUAUGAUAAUUUGUAUAUAAUAACAAAUGACCACAUUGUUAAGUUUGUGAUAUGUUUUACACGCAUAGCGUAAUAAAAUAUGUUUCUUAUAUA